CAACGCCAGACACUGAGGCAGCGCCGGUGCGGAGGGGGCGAUGGAGAAUUUCACGGCGCUUUUCGGGGCUCAAGCUGACCCACCGCCUCCCCCAGCCGCACUAGGCUUCGGACCCGGAAAGCCUCCACCCCCGCCCCCGCCCCCGCCGGGCGGGGGACCGGGCACAGCGCCGCCUCCCACGGCGGCCACAGCUCCUCCCGGCACAGACAAGUCAGGGGCUGGUUGUGGCCCCUUCUAUCUAAUGCGGGAACUGCCAGGCAGCACAGAGCUGACAGGCAGCACCAAUCUCAUCACACACUACAACCUGGAACAAGCCUAUAAUAAAUUCUGUGGCAAGAAGGUAAAGGAGAAGCUAAGCAACUUCCUGCCCGACCUGCCGGGGAUGAUCGAUCUACCUGGAUCUCAUGACAACAGCAGCCUCCGCUCCCUUAUUGAGAAGCCCCCUAUUCUUGGCGGCUCUUUUAAUCCUAUCACAGGGACCAUGCUGGCUGGCUUCCGCCUCCACACCGGACCGUUGCCAGAACAGUGUCGCCUGAUGCAUAUUCAGCCUCCCAAGAAGAACAAGAAGCACAAGCACAAACAGAGUCGGACCCAGGAUCCUGUCCCCCCAGAAACACCAUCUGAUUCGGAUCACAAGAAGAAGAAAAAGAAAAAAGAAGAGGAUCCUGACCGGAAGAGGAAGAAGAAAGAGAAGAAGAAAAAGAAGAGCCGACAUAGUCCAGACCACCCGGGUAUGGGCAGCUCUCAGGCCAGCAGCAGCAGCAGCCUUCGCUAACUACCACUGGACUCUACCAGGAUGGCUUUUCCUACUGAACUUCUAACAGAAGCUGCCUUCCAGGCUCUUGGCCAACGCCUUGGGAAUACCCAGCAGCCAAGGCAGAGGCCAACUCCUGCUCUGCUUGGUUGCAAUGAAUACAUUAGAGAGGGAAGGGCCAUCCUUUCAUAAGGCUCAGCCCAGUUGGCUUUCUCAUGGACAUCUCUUCCUCUCCCAGGAAGCUAUUUCUUCUGUUUUGUGCAAUUUGUUUAAUAUCAGAACUUGACCUGUUAAGUUUUUCUUUAAAAAAAAAAAACCUGCAUUUAUCCAACUGGCUCAAGUGUGGCUGUCUGUUAAGGGAGGUAAGUGCCUUUCUAUGAAAGUCAGUGGUUAAGACAAGUCAUUCCUAAGCUUUAAGGGGAUUUGAGUCGUCUUUGCAUUAUCUCAUUGGCAGGCAGGGAAACAACCAGAAUGACUGAGGAACAUGGUCCAAAAGAGGCACAGCUUCAUAAUACUCUCCCAUAAUGUCGAGAACAAAGUGCCUGGAUGAUCUUCAGGCUCCAUUCUGAAGAGCUGAUCCAUUUAAACCUCAACAGAUUCUAGGUCAAGUUUGGGUUGAAACAGAAUAGUCAACUGAAAAAGCACCUACAAUCACCGUCUACUUCAAUAUACUUCAACCAGAUUGACUCUUUGGUCAGAAAACUAUAAUGUUUUGAAAUGAACCUCUGGCAAGCAAAGGUAAAUGUUUCUUUUAUCUUUAUAAAAUCCUUUGGCCUGCCUCAUUCCUUAGAUAACAAAGUUUGGCGGAUAAGCUCCCAAGACAGCAAAAAGGGCAGCCUAGACUAUCAAAGUGUAAAAGAAAGCAGUUUACUUUUCUGCAGUACGGUUGGUAACUGAAACCCAAACUACUGUAACCUAGCUUUAAACUAAAUUUAACACAGAACAGUUAAAAUCUAUUGCCAUGAACCAAGGUUGUUCCUAGGUCAGUAGAUGGAAAACCACUCACUCAGCUUGUUUUAAUCUGGGAUUUCAGAACAAGAGUUUGUAUGCUUAAGUUGCAGAUGGUGAAGAUAACGGGUUCUAGCCAGUCUGCUGAGAAUUAGUGUCUGAGGAUGCCUGUCUAAAAUGAAAGCAGAGGGCCUGGCACUGUGGCACAGCAGGUAAAGCCACUGCCUGCAGUAUCGGCAUCCCAUAUGGGUACCGGUUCAUGUCCUGGCUGCUCCACUUCUGAUCCAGCUCUCUGCUAUGGCCUGGGAAAGCAGUGGAAGAUGGCCCAAGUGCUUGGGCCCCUGCACCCAUGUGGGAGACCCAGAAGAAACUCCAGGCCCCUGGCUUCAGAUCAGCAUAGCUCCAGCCAUUACAGCCAUUUGGGGAGUGAACCAGCGGGUGGAAGACCUCUCUCUCUGCCUGUUAAUUUUGCCUUUCAAAUAAAUAAAUCUUUAAAAAAAUAAAAUGAGCACAGAGCCUUUCCCCUUUGACAAAGAGUAUGAGAUAACCUAAUUCAGUUUCCAGUCAACCUGCUUUUACCAGGCUUCCGUAGCUUGAUUUUUCUUUGCAGACAAAAUCCUUAUGUUAAGUAGCAACAUGAAGCCGUGUGAAUUUUUGAAUCACCCAAAUUAAAACAGGACUUGUCACCUUAAGUAAUUUCACUAUGUCCUGCGUAACACAGGCCAGGAUCAGAGAAGUCUGUGAGGCGUUCUUUGUGAUGACUUCCCACCUUGCGUCACCAGACACAAUAACACAAGUCAGGGGGAGCCGUUAGAUCAGGAUUUCUUUUUAUUCUUUGUCGGUUUAAAAUGGCUAAUCAGAAUAAAAAAUAAAAGGGCCUCUGUGCAGAGGCUGGGGUCUUCCCUAUUUAGAGAUUAGAACCCAGGUAUCCCCUCUACCCAGCACCAUACUAAGGUGGGCUGAGGGGUAACCCCCAAGGGACAACUGGAGGGGCCUAGGCCUGCCACUCCUUCUCUCUAUCCCAUUUUUGGCAUGUGAUGAAAAAUAUUGCUUUUUGGAUUCUUCUCUCCUGUCCUUGUACUUUAAAAUCACCUUAACUGUAGGCCAGGGGAAGCUCUGAGGGGCU